AGAAUGUUAACGCCACCAAAGGGAAUCAGGUGGAGGCCAAGAAAAGUAGGAGAACUACCCCGACUUGUACAAAAUGUUGGUGCAUUUCCUUUUAGAGCAACACCAGGAGGCCACGCAGCUCUCAGCUGCGGCAGCUCGCGCCCGCCUCACGGUGGGGGUCCAGACCGACUACAGGGAGAGUGAAACCCAAACAGAGCCCUUUAGCCCGGAGUAUGUGAUCCACCCUGAGGUUGGUCAGCCGGAGCUCCUGCAGUUAGCAUACCUGACAUGGGGUCAGGGUCUGCCCGCAGGCGUGGCCGAAGUGGAACUGAUAGAGCGCGCGCGCGCCAGACGUGCUUGGGAGGCCACACUUCCUUCGCUUGACGACCUGAGUCAGCUCAACAAGCGCAGGGAGAUGAUGGAAGAGAUGGAGGUGAAGGAGUGGAAUUUUCUGGCGGAGGAAAUUCAGAAGUUGCAGGACACUCGUCUGGCUCUGCUAAGAGACCUGCUGAAGCAGAGGGACGAGGCGGAAAAUGACCUGGCAGAGGAAAAACUACAUCACAUACACUUCAAGCUGCAAAGCAUUAAGGAAAUCAAACUGCGGAAGAUUCACAAAAACUACGUAGAUAAACUAAGAAAACUGGAAGCCAAAAGAAGCGCUAUGGAAGGAAAGCCAGACCAACGUGGCCCAGAUUUCACAGAUGAGAGCACUCACAUCACUCCGAUCAACAAGGCUUCGUUCACCAGGAGCAUCGAUGAUCUGAGAAGCUACUGCAGAGAAACGUACAAGGGAUUAUCAGAGCUGGAGGCAGCAAUCGCCAACCUGGUUCCUAAACCACGUGAAAGGAAACCUCAAGGUAAAGUGGACAAAAAGAGCCUUGUGACCAAACCCCCUGCAGAACGGUUGGUAACGCUGAUGAACAGAUACAAGGCCCUGAGAGAGGAGCACAAGCUGAAAAAGAUGGCUCCAACUUCUCACGUCCCUCGCCCCGUCACUCCCACCGUGAAGGAGCCACCGGAGAGAGAGGAGAAGAUGGAGCUGGCGGUCAUUCAAGUGCAGAAACUACUCAGAGGACGCAAAGUCCAGAAGGAAAUGUUCCGCGGCAGGGAAAACUGCGCUGACGUUAUCAAGGAGCUAAGAGAUGCCCACUCUCUGCAGCAGCAGCAACAGGGAGCAGAGAGCUCAUCACAUUCAUCAACACCAGAAUAGCCAGCAUGUAGCAGACCACUCUGGCAGACCAGGUUCAAGGUAACAAAUGGUUAAAGUGGACAAAAUAACUCUGGAUGUGCUGACCAACAGGGCAAAAAGGGAAUGUCCAGGAGGGAGACGAGAGUUUUACGAAAGAUUCAGAGUUCACCAAAUGGACCACUCGGGGCAGUGAAUGGAAUUGGAAUUGAUUUGAACCAAAGCAGUUAAAUAACGGGGAACAGGACUGCCUUGGUUUUUAGGAGAUGUUUUACCUCUGAACUAAGAGGCUACAAACCGAAACGUCUGCUUGAAAGCAACUCAGUCCAGUUGCCUGGUACUCUGCUGUAUAUAAAAGCUGUGAAAUGAUGACCAGCGUGAAUGAAGUGCUGUACAUCCCAUGCUUGAGAGCGAGUUUUUCAACGGGAGCCAGGUCUUUGAAAUGGUUUCGUCUCCGAAAUGUUUAAGUCAUUGAGAAAUGUGAGAGGCCUAAAAGCUAAGAUGGAAAAAUGUCUGGAAGAUUACAGCCCUGCUGCAGAGAACGUUCGACAAAGGUGUGCAGAAGAUUGUGUCACUGGUAAAGAUGUGUAACUUUCUGUUGUAAAUAAUAUAUCCUUUAAAAUAUUUUGGAUUAUUUACUUUUUUAUUUUUGUUUUUUUUUUUUGUGGUGUAGUUUUUAAAUAGAGGAAAAAAUGAAAAUACUGCCCGGCAUUGUUCAGCUGAAUUCAGAUUUUGGAAUUUCAUGUAUUUUAUGGUAAUAAGCCACAUCUUGUUACCGUAAGUAAUAUAAUAUAAUAUAUUGCAAAUUUCUGAAGUCAAAAGUGACCCUGGUUUGUGAUUGUGUUAGCAUUAUCGUACCAGACCAGGCUGUGGUUGCAGUGGUGCACGUCAUGUCGCAAAACAAUCGCAAUGCAGCUUUUGUCCUUCUCACUUUAUUACGGUAUUCCACGUGAUAUUGUUUUUCACUACAAGCCGUAUACUUCCAGAUUGUGCAGUGGUGCUGGCGCAGAGUUAGGGACCAGCUGCAAGUUGUUAGAGCGCGAAAGAAACGUCCUGCUGAGAACGCUGCUCUUUCCUGACACACCUGUAGGGCUGUCGUCAAACGACUGGCGGACAUGUGACAGACUCUGUAUGAAGGAGAACGGCGGCAUAAAUAACUGGCUGGUUGCGGUACACGCGUCAUCCAAGUGAGUGGCACAGACCUUCAUUUGCAAUUCAUUUGUGCACACGGAGCACAGACUGCUAAAGUGUCAAGCAGACACUUUUCCAGAGAGGUUCCAGAUUACUGCGAGAGAUUAUUUCCCCCGGUCUGUAUUUGAUGAAUGCUUCCUGUGCAUGUCUGCGCUUCAUCCUGUGAUUUAUAGGCUUAUAGAUAAUGUUGUGUGAGAAGAAGGGCAGCUAAAGGCUUUCAGGGCAGCUUAGUUAUUACAUUUUACAAACGGCACGCCGCAGUGGGACGCGUAACACAUAACAGAGAAUUUGAUUUUCGUUUUUCGUUGAUGAACGCUGAGGGAGACAUGAGGCGUGGCGGUUUGUCCCCGAACCAAAAUCUUUAUUUGACAUGUGUAUUACUAACCACGUCAUAAAAACAAUAAACGUGACUAUAAAGGUAAAGCCGAGCAAAUCAGCAGCAUCGAUCACCUACUGCAGAGUCACCCGUCAUCCCUAGCAGGAGUCAUGGAAUCCAAUAUUGAUUCCAGGUACUUCAGCACAAUCGUCUUAUGGUGUCGAUUUUCUCAUCACCCUCAUGGGAAAAAAAAAAAACCAUAACUAUCUGCCCUACAUUGCCUUAGAUAUACAGUACAAGUUAGUUAAGGCCCAUACAGUAAAUGUCAUCUUUACGUGACAUCAAAACCAACACAUAAUAUCCUGGGGGAUUUUUUUUCUACACACACACACCAUGUCCUCAAACGAUUCCCAGAAAUAGCCUGAAAUAAUGGUCUGCGGCUCAGUGUUCCUCUAAUUCACAUUUAUGAACAGUCAGCCCCUACUGACAGAAUGUGGUCCUCGCUCGCGCUGCUAAAUCACACCACACACACAGUGCGCCGGUCACGUCCGGCUAAAAAUAGCACUAUUACUGUGAAUUAGUAUGGCCACCGAAACGACUUCAAGAAGCCGGGGGACCCAGAACUGAACGGCCGAGCGGGUUCAAAGAACACAGUGUGACGUCCAGAAGAAAAGGAGUGUGGAUAGAGCUUAAUGAGCUGAUGUCUUAAUUAGAAAUGCAGGAAAUAAUAAAUAAAACAGUGAACAGGGUAAUUGAACUCAUAAGUUAUGGUUAGUAAAAUACAUGAAGUCUUUUUAAAAAUAUUGUGACUUUGUGGAUUGGCGUACUCGUCUUCAUUGUGUGUGUGUGUUUGUUAAAAAUCACGUUUCCCUUACCGGCAUUUUCUUGAGUCGUCGUUAUCAACCUGUGUGGAACUCGGGGCGAGACUUGCAAUCCUGCUCGUAUCUGGUAGAACCUGGACAAGAGGAGACGAACAAGUCACACAUGGAACUUUGAACUCUUGGAAUUGUCUCAAAGUGUUUGUGAUUGUCGUUAGUUAAAGGACGUUUCCACAUAUUUAGGCCACAGAUCAUUUAAAACAUUAUUGUUUGUGAAGUGUUUUAGUUCGUCUAAAGGCAGAGAAGGUUGGGAUGAGUACACCGUAGUACUGUAAGUUAGUACUACACCUUGACUAAAGCUCAGAAAGAGUCCUUAAACGAGAGUUCUUAAACGAAUGGAUUUGUCUGCAUCUAAAACGUCUCUCUUUCCUUCCCUCUUUUCUUCCCUUUCUCUUUGCCCACCGUUGCCAGAAUGUUGCCUCAGUGUGUGACUUUUAUCCUGUACUGUGAAUUUAAACAUUGUCUGCAUAUACAUUCCUCACUUUUGACAUGAGGACAGACAUGAAAGUUCAAAGGGGACGCUUAAAAAGAUUCCCUUCUGCAAUAAUCCCGGCUCUGUCCCUCCAUUAGCGGAGUGUAAGUGCUCGUUCGACUCUUUUUCCAAAUCAAAUGCAGAUUUAAUCUCCGAUUCUAAUGCAAUCCGUUUACAGCCGGGCCGGUGAGUACGCAGCUUCGCGGCGGUUCCUCCGUCAGUCUGCUGCAGGGAUUAGUAUCGACUGCAGCAAUUAGAAUUUGAGCGAAGACGUGUGCAUACAGAUAGGGUACAUGGUCUAUUUAUAGCUCGACGCUUUUUGACUUUUACUCUGAGGUCCAAUUCUGUUCAGGGAGAGAUUGGCCGUUACCAGAAGAUAUGGAAACGGGUGGUAACGACGUAGUAAUGGAUUCAGAUGAAGGGAUUAUCGAGGUAGAGUUCAGUCGACCCACUUAUACUUUGUUUAUUUUGCUCCUAACGUCUUUCAAGAUGGCUGCUGUGAAAACAGCCCAUUAUAUAAAAUGAAUAAAUUAUAAUAUAUUCUUUUAUGACCUUUCAUAUGACUCUCUUGUACAAAAAGACAAUUUAGAAAAAGUGACGAUACCGUGAGGCGCAUCACCUACCCUCUUUGAAAGAGAUCCACAUUGUGAAACUUGUGUAGCUCUACAGAAAACUCCAGCGUUCCCUGUACUUCAGACAUGAUAUAAUCCCACACAUUACCUGUCAAAAGACGAGACAACAGGUUAAUACGCCAGUUCAGACACAUCGGUACCACAUGAGACGGGCAUGCGAGACGGGAAAAUGCUAAUGAUGACAUUUCCAAAGGCUAUCUCUCUGCUCCGUCUGGGAUAUUUAGUUGUUUGGGGAAUAUUUGUCAUGAUACUGCAGGGACAGAAAAUAUAAAGGAAAAGUAUAAAGAUAAGGUUUGUAUAUACAGUAUUUUUGCUUUCAAAUAAACCCUACAUCAUUUUA